UGAGAGGGAAACUGACUGAAAUGCCGCAGGUCCCACUUACCGGUUGUCUGGUGACAGCCAAUUUUGAUCUCACUUCAGUUGCAAGGUAUAGCAGCAGGCUCUGCAUCUUGAAGAUGAACCCAAAAGUUGGCCCAAAACAACCAAGGGUAGCGAGUGAAUUAGAGGCCCUAGCAGUGUCUGCGUCAGCUGCGUUGCCCAUUUUAUUACAGACUGUGUACACAAUGACACCAGGGGAGAUACACGCAACCACACGAACAUUAAUGGACACCGUGCCAUGUGACCUCCGUGUGGUGGAAGGUCUGUCAGUGCCACUGACAGCCGCGAAGAAGUUACUUGAGAGAGCAGGAAGAUCUGAAUUACUUCCGGAUGUACAAGUGUACCUGGAGCAAGUUCUGUUUCCGUACAUCAGUGAUACCAUGCCUGGUAGUGACAGUGUGCCCAACAUUAUUAUAGAGAAGAUGUUAAACUAUGAGGACCAGAUCUUCCAGAACACUGACUUGAAAGGCGAUGAGAUCAGGGUCAUCAGGUCAUUCCUCGUGGAAGUCUGUGGAGUGAACGACUCCCUACUUGCCAGGCUUAGAAAAGAAAGAUUUGGACAACCUUCUAAAGUGGUCAGAAUGAAGGGAUCGUUAGUUAGGGCCACUGUACUUGAUUUCAGUAGCUUGAGAGAGGACCUCAAAAACACAAUUACAACUUUGAUGUCCAGGGAAGGUGUUGAAGAGGUGGUAGAGGAAGCUGGUACAAACAUUGCAGGAGAUGAAAAUAUAGUCACUGAAGCUGCCACGGCUGCAGUCACUCCAGAGUUACAAAUUCAGAGAAGGGUAUACAGACGGCAUAUGCCAACUUCACGAUCUAACCUGAGACAGACACGCAGCAGAAGCAGGAGAAAUUAGUGUGUGUUUUAUGUUAAACCAAAAUUAAGACAAAUAUAAGAUAUGAUUCGAUAAAAUGAUUGACAAUAGUAAUCUGGCCAGCGGAAUAACAGUGUGAAAAAAACCAAAAUGACUAGGAUAAUUUGACUUAAAAGUUUAUUUGCUGUUGUUAUAAAUUUAUCAUAAUACAGAACAGAGUGAAAAAAUAACAUCUGCAUUUGUAUCUGACAUGGACUCAUGGGUAAUUCAUAUCAGUACUGUGCCGUUUCCUUGUUUUUUUUCAUUUUUUAGCUCCACUACUUGGAGAAUAGGGGUGCCCAGCAGUGAUGUUGAAGUGAGCUUUCUGGGUUAAAGUUUUUUGGGAACCUUUGUUUUGCUAAGUUACAAUUGCUUAUAUCUUACAGAGUUUUCAUGUUAACAUUGUUCAGCAUGUGACAAAAUGUGCAGGGGCUGAACCCCAUUACCUCUUAGGUCAAGGUAACCAAGGUGUUAUACUUUGGUUAUUUUUUAAGAUUACCUUUGUUUUUCUGUUUUAUCUUUUUUACUAUUGCCUAAAUUUUACUGUAACUUCAGAUAAAAAUUGUAAAGCAUACAAAGAAAGUAUGUGCUUGUCAAGAUUACUAAGGUGUUAUACUUUGGUCAUUUUUAAAGUUUUUGGCAAUGUUUAUCUGUCAUAUCUUUGUUACUAUUGCUUAUAUCUUUCUGUCACUUCACCAAAAACAUUGUCCAGCAUACACAGUAUGUGCAGUGGCUAUGCCCAUUAUACCCAAAGUAAAGGUCAUCAAGUUGUUUGGAAUUAUUUUCAUUUUGAAUUUUUUUCAAAAAUGUUUCUAGACAAAUUUUAUACUUUAAAAGAUUAUGACUUGAAAUUGGAAAUAUUACUUUAAAAUCAUCAUUUGCAUUAUUGCCCUUUCAUAGUUUUUUUUGGUAAUCUUUGUCUUCUGAAAAUAACUUAUGGUAUCAGAUAAUGACUUGAGACUUAAAAUAUGCUUCUAUCAUUAUCUUCUGCAAUUGCAAUUACUCUGAAUUUGUAUUUUUGACCAAAUUAUGCCCCUUUCAUACUUAAUUGUUUUGACAGGCUUCGUUUUUUCUGGACAUAACUUUAGUACUAUAAAAGAUAAUGACUUCAAAAUACAUCUUUGUUAUCAUCAUCAGACUUUGUGUUUUGCACAUAACUUUGGUAUAGGUCUCUUAUUGAGACAAACUCAUUUAUUGUCAAAUUAACAAAUAGUGGAGUGUGCCAAUCUGACUAAAGUACUUGAUCUUCUAAACGAAGAUCUGAGAACGACCCAUUCACAUUCGUCUUCUGUAUAUUUUGGAUUUCCAUUAUUGCUAUUUUUAUGUUAUCCAAUCAGGCGACUUGUUCGAUUGUCAAAGAGUAAGAAAAAUAUGCAGUUAUUCCAGGACUCGAACCCGGGACCCCUCGCUUACAAAGCAAGUGGCCUACCGACUGAGCUAACCGGCUAUCU